UUGUGAUUGGCAGUAAGAUCUUUACAAAAGUACUUCGCGUCAGAGUCUCCGUUCCAUCAAACGUUGUUGCGAGCCAUCGCGUGUGAAAAUUAUUUUUAUUCUAUUUACUCUCUGGGGAAGAUAUAUUUUCGUUGUAUUUCCGGUGUUGUAUUCUUUUUAAUUGAACCCGGUAUUGUUAGAUGUUGAUGUGUAUAUCACCAGAUGGCUGUCGUUGAACACGAACAGACCGGUUUCUUUUGCUCGGAACGAUCCUUCUCCGCGGGAUAGUCGAGCCGGGAUUGGCUUUAAUUUGGAGCCUUGCUGCUGUGAAUAACUGGAUCAGGGUUUUCAACACUAAGUCUUUAUUCGGUCGGGCCGGGGACCAUGGAGACCACUCAGGUGUCCCUUACAGUCAGGGGGGAGACAUCUCCAGGUGAGGUGAUUGCAGUUGUUGGCAGCUGUGAAACUUUGGGAUGUUGGGGCUACCAACGCGCUGUCACCUUACAUCCUCUUGGAGAUGAAGCACACACCUGGACCGGAACCGUCCCAAUUCCUCAUGGCGUCGAAACCAAAUAUCGUUAUUUCAAAGGCUUCUUUUUGGAAGCGAAGAGUGCAGGUGAUCCCUGUCAGGUGAUAGUCAAUAUGUGGGAGACCCAUCAUCGCCCCCGGACGAUGAGGCCCACAGCACCAAACCAGGAAAUAGACGACGGCCAGUUUGGACUUCACAACGGGGACACUUGUGUCGACUCAGGGUGGCUGACGUGCCAGACGGACGUCCGCCUUCGUUUGCACUUUUCCAAGCACGCUCCCGUGUCCGUGACCAAGAAGAAAUUCAAGAGGUCUCGCUUCAGGAUCAAGCUGACGUUGGAAGGCUUUGAGGAGGAAGAAGACGAGGAUGAGGAGCAAAGUCCUUCUUGGCAGAAGAUGACCACCAUUCUGGGGAUCAGCAAGAUCAGCGCCAGCGGCUACAAAUCCCGUCACUCCCAGCCGGAGUGCGGAUACGGCCUGGAUCCCUCCCAGUGGACCGAGUACAGCAUCCACACCAUGGAUCCCGACAACCUGGAGCUCAUGUUUGAGUUCUUUGAGGAGGACCUGAGCGAGCAUGUGGUCCAGGGGGACGCCCAUCCGGGCCACGUGGGGGCCGCUUGUCUGCUGUCCUCCUCGUUUUUGGAAAAUGGGAAGGACAGCGGAGUGGUCACGCUUCCCAUCAUGGGCCGGAAUUCCAGGCAAACCAUCGGAAAAGUAAGAGUGGAUUACCUGGUAAUCCGACCCAUCCGGGGGCUGCAGUGUGACAUGAGCUCCUCAUACACCAAGUACUGGAGGAAGAGGAGCGCGGUGGAUGUGGGCCACAGAGGAGCAGGCAGCACGCACGCAGCAAAACACCACAGAGUCAGAGAGAACACAAUCGCCUCGUUCAUGAGCGCAGCCAAACACGGUGCAGCCUUUGUGGAGUUUGAUGUCCACCUCUCCAAGGACGGCGUUCCCAUCGUGUACCACGAUCUGACCUGCUGCAUUUCCACCAAGAAGAAGAAAAACGACAAGGAGCUGGAGCUGAUCGAGGUCCCGGUGAAAGAUCUGACGUUUGACCAGCUGCAGCUUCUGAAGCUGGCUCAUGUGACGGCAAUGACAGGAAGUGACCACAAAGAUCUGGAGGACGAGGAGGAAAUAGAUGAACAUCAGCCGUUCCCUUCGCUGUCUCAGAUCUUCCAAGCCGUCCCGGAAACCGUGGGCUUCAACAUUGAGCUGAAAUGGAUCAGUCAGAUGAAGGACGGAUCGUGGGACGGAAACCUCUCCUCCUACUUCAACAUGAACUCCUUCCUGGACACGAUCCUGUCCUGUGUCCUGCAGAAAGCUGGAAAAAGACGCAUCAUCUUCUCCUGUUUUGACCCCGAUAUUUGCACCAUGGUGCGUCACAAGCAGAACAAGUAUCCCAUCCUCUUCCUGACUCAGGGCAUCUCAGACAAAUACCCCGAGCUGAUGGACAUUCGCUGUCAGAACACUGAAAUCGCCAUCAGCUUCGCAGAGAGCGAGAACAUCCUGGGCAUCAGCGCUCACACCGAGGAGCUCCUGAAGCACCUCAACUACAUCGAAGAGGCCAAGUCCAAAGGCCUGGUGGUCUUCAGCUGGGGAGACGACAACAACGACCACAAGACCAGGAGGAAGCUGAGGGAGCAGGGCAUCGAUGGGCUCAUCUAUGACAGCAUCUGUGACGUCCAAGCCGAGCAGCCAAACAUCUUCCAGGUAGAGGAGCAGCACUCCCUGCAGGAGGUGAUCACGGAGGAGACCCUGAAGAGCUCCGCCUGCUCCUGCUACUCCAUCCCGUGCCCGCCGGCGCCCUGCGCGUCCUGCGGGAGCGCCGAGUCCGACUCGGGCCUCAGCUCCUCCUGAACCGAGGUUGCGCAUAAGUGACCUCCCCCAGACAAACUGAAGCAUGUUCUUCCUCACGAUAAUCAACUGCACGCUGUCGCCACCCGUCCCACCCGAGGGGGGGGGGGGUUCCCUGUAUUUAUUCUCCACAUUUGCAGGUUUUGGGCGGACGUGAAGUCUGGUAAACGCUGCACCUUAUCGGUCAGGACGAUGCAAGUCAAAGGAUUACGCAACUAAAACAUUUAUCUCCUUGAUUUAAAAAAAAAAAAAAAAAAACCUCAGGUAGAUGAUGCUGUCAUUAAUGUUUGACCAACUUCACGAGGAGAAAAAACAUUUGAGCGCAACACAGAUGCAUGAAAACCAAAAAACAAAAGAAGCUUACAAGCUGAAGAGAAGCCAUUUGUGAAACAAAGCAGUGUUGGUGCUAGUGUGGAUGGUGGAGCGUCCCACCGGAUCGUGAACCGGAACUCCGCUUCCUCUCUGCUGUCAUUGCCAUCGUUUUGUGUCUUACUGUGCUGACGGAGUGACUGUAGAACCUGAUUCAAAUGGGGGGGGGGGGGGGGGGGGGGGUAGAAGAGGACGAUGCGUCUCCAUGGAAACGGGAAGAGGUUUAGCUGAAAGCGCCUCCUUCCUCUUUUCACGCCUUCGAAGCGAUGAAUGUUUCCUUCAGCGGCCGCCUGCCUCCACAGCCUUUCGGAGGGAAAUCGGCGGCGUCUCUCCUCCACGUUAUCCGCCACCAGCUGUGUAUCCUCCAAACAUCCCACCGUGUUUGUGCCGUCGACGUCUCAUCGCACAAUCCCCGAGCGGACGAUUGUAGUAGGCAUGUUCUGUCCGGUGAACGGGGUUCUCAUGUCGUGUAGAUGAAAUAAAAGAUUAUAUUUGA